AUGGGCUCAAAUCCACCUGCGCAUCCGAGCCCGGAUCCAAGUCAACAUCCGGGGUUAAAUCCAACCACAACCACAGACACAACCACGCUCCCAUGCACACACCACGGCACACAGGCACGUACGGCCGCCGCAGGCGCACCCCUCGACCCCGCCGUCGUCGCAGACGUGCUGGCCACGAUCCGCGGCAACCUCGCGCUCGUGGCGCGCACGUGGGGGCCAGAGAGCAAGCAGCACCGCGAGGCACGGGGGCUGAUGCUGGCGUAUCUCGAGGAGAAUGUUUUGCGGCAUCGGCGGCAGCAGCAGCAGCACCGGCAACGGGACCAGAACCAGCGUCAGCAUCGGUGUCAGCAUGGGGAUCGGGACCGUGACCAUCGGGACUGUUACGCAGGGGGUGAAGCGCGGGGAGGGGGGAAAGAAGGCGACGGCGGAGGAGGGGUCGUGGAGGAGGGCGGGAGCGAAGGCGAAUCAAUAGGAGCGGACGAUGUGCGGAUGGAGGUGCAAAUGGAUGUGGAUAUGGAUGUAGAGAUGGAGUUGGAAAUGAACGUGGGGAGGGAAAAGCAAAGGCAAAUGAUGGACAGAGGCAUCGACGAGGUCCUGGCGGAACUGAGACUGUCGUGA